AUGAGCAGGGCGUCGGCGCAGUGGAAGGCUGCAUUGGCCCUCUUCAGGGAGAUGCAGGCUUCGGCCGUCCCCGCAACUGCCGUGUCCUUUGCGGCCGUGAUCGCCAGCUGUGCGCCCACGCUUGCUGCGAGCUUUGCUACGCAAAGAGCAGCGCGGGACCCUGUGAAUGUCGGGGUAUUUCACAAAGUUGCGGUUGGCGUCUGGGACGAGUAUUGGCACGAGUGCUAUUUGAAGUCUGGCUUCGUUUCACGCCGGAUCAGCACCAAGCCGCUGGUCGGCUGCCUGGCGAGGGCGAGCAACCCCGAGGCUCAGGAGUUCGACUGUUCGGCGACCGGUUGCGCUCAUCGCUUGGGCGCUGUUCACUGGGCCCCGUGCUAUGGCAGGGAUUCUUCGAUUCCGGUGCUGUUGGAUGGUGCUCGCACCUUGCGUUCCCUGGGCAGCACCGUCAUCAAGGUGGCUCUCUUCCGGCCGGGUUGGAACUAUGCGAUCAACUCGCACUGGCCGCCCGAGGACGCCUUCCCGACGCUGCGCAGCGUCGCGGAGCAUCCGCAGUUCCGAGCCCUCUGGGAGAUGGACUUCACCACGUACGUCUUGGUGGCCUACAGCACAGCAGGCGGUGUCUCGGAGAGUAACUUGGCUGCCGGAUACUGGGUCGAAGGCCUGAGCCAGGAGCAAGUCGCCGCCGAGGAGAGGCAAUUCCACGAUGCUGCUCUCUUCUUCCUCGAAAACUUCCCUCAGAAGACCUUCGUCUUCGCCAAUUGCGAGGGUGACUGGGAGCUUCGCGGUGGCCUCGGGGCUCCGCCGCGACGGGGCGCCGAUGCGCCAGGGCGCAUGGCCAGGUGGCUGGCAGCAAGGCAAGCCGGUGUCACCCGGGCGAGGCAGCAACGGCGUCCUGAUGCUGUCGGGAACGUCUUCCAUGCUGCUGAGGUGAAUCUGGUUGCUGAGUCGCUGUGGGGGGAUGUUGCCAACGUGGUCAACGAGGUGCUGCCACAAGUGCAAGUUGACAUGGUCUCCUACAGCAGCUACGACACCCAGCAUGACCUGCACGACUUCCAGGAAGCGCUGAGGUACCUCGUGAAAAGCCAUAACCGGACGGCCGCUGCACCGCCGGGUUUUGCGGCCAUCAUGGUGGGUGAGUUCGGGCUACCCCAACGCCGGGUACCCCUGCAGGACGUCAGUUACGUCCUAGGCAAUGUCAUCAACGCUGCUCUCUCCUUGGGCGUGGCGUACGUGAUGUUCUGGGAGACUUACUGCAACGAGUGCCACCAGUCAGCUCCCGGCUGCGACGCGGCUGGGCGGUGUCGUCGGACAGAGGCGCCCGUGGAGAACGCAUCGCAGCUGAAUGGCUUCUGGCUGCUGCGGCCCGAUGGUUCAGAAGCCUGGCCCGCGCAGUACUACAAGGCCAAGCUCGGCAAUGUCAGGGACGCCACUGCCGCCUCCUCCUCCACCGUUUUUGCCGCCUCCUCCGUCGCGCUCGGCGCCGUGGCCGUGGGCGCCGGCCGUGCGCGAUCCUCGCGCGCCGCCAGGAGGAGUUGGGCCAAGGGUCGCAACCUUGUGGGCACCAACACCAAGGAGACGUCCAACGAGUCGCCGGAAGACAAGAGGAUAUCCAUCCUCGGCUCUACAGGCAGCAUCGGGACGCAGACACUGGACAUCUGUCGGCAGUUUCCCGGCAAGUUCAAGCCAGUGGCUCUGGCAGCAGGAAAGAAUGUGGAGCUACUCCUGGAGCAGAUCAAAGAGUUCAAGCCGCAGAUGAUUGCGUGCGACGAGUCGAAGCUCGAUGAGCUGAAGAAGGGCGUUGAGGCUUUGGGCAUCGACGGCUACGACCCGGUACUUCUCUCCGGCGCCGAGGGGCAAAUCGAGGUGGCAAGACAUCCGGACUGCAAGACCGUCGUCACCGGCAUUGUGGGCUGUGCAGGGCUGAUCCCCACCAUCGAGGCGAUUAAAGCGGGCAAGGAUAUUGCCUUGGCCAACAAGGAGACGAUCAUUGCCGGAGGGCCGGUGAUCGCGCCGCUGAUUGAGGAGUACGGCGUGAGCAUGCUGCCAGUGGACUCUGAGCACUCGGCCAUCUUUCAAUGCAUGCAGGGCAUCCCCAAGGGAGGCGUGAAGAAGAUCAUCCUCACCGGUAGUGGAGGCACCUUCCGAGACAUGUCCCUCGAGGACAUGAAGAAGGAAGACCCCGAAGUGCUUCGACAGCGGUCGACGACGCACCCGAACUGGGAUAUGGGUGCAAAGAUCACCGUGGAUUCGUCCACAAUGAUGAACAAAGGCCUUGAAGUGAUCGAGGCGCACUGGCUGUAUGGUGUGGAAUACGACGACAUCGAAGUCGUGAUCCACCCGCAGUCCAUCGUCCACAGCGCAGUCGAGUGCCAGGACACCGCCAUCCUCAUGCAGACGGGCUGGCCCGACAUGCGGCUUCCCAUCCUCUACGCUCUCUCACACCCGUCGCGUGUCCCCGCCGACCUGCCCAACCCAAGGGACGGCCGGAACUUCGACGUCUGGUGGAACGGCGAGGGCAAGGACGGCAAGCUCACGUUCGGCAAACCUGACCUCGAGAAGUACCCAUGCAUCCGCCUUGCGUACAAAGCGGGCCGAAUCGGUGGAACUAUGCCGGCAAUUCUCUCCGCGGCCAACGAGCAAGCGGUUGAGCUUCUCCUGACAAAGGAAAUCGAUUUCCUGGAAAUUCCCCUGGUCCUGGAGAAAGUCAUGGAUAAGGAGUGGUCUGACAAAGAGCAGUGCUCUGGCCUCUUUCCCAACGAACUCCGGGUGGAGGAGUGUGCCUUGCAAAAGCUGGAGCGGGUUGGCACUCUGCCGACCGCGCCGGACAGGAAGAAGGAGUUCCGCUUUGCGGACGCUGGCCAAGCCGUCGCCUUGCUCAGGCCCUUGGCCGAUGCGGACGCCCUUCGGGCUGUGAAGACACGGAAGCCUCUUCAGGACGUGGACCAGCUGCUGGGCGAGCUCCCGGAUGCGCAGAAGGCUCGCAUCAGCCGGAGUCUGCACUGCCCCUCUGGGCAUCCCAUCCAGCGCAAGGGUGAGGGCCUGAAGUGGUAUCAGGACGCGAAAACCUGCGACGCCUGCAAAAAGCCCAUCUGCGCGAAAUCAGACUACUGGCGCUGCACGAAAAACUGCAAGUACAACGUUUGCCACCAUUGUUUUCAAGAUGCUGGAAACAACGCGGCUCACUUGUUUGCCGAGCAUUUCUCCGAAAGCCUUGCUAACACCAGCCAGGCUUCCACGAGUGAAGGGCCUCCUAGCGACGAGGUCCUCGCGGAUGGGCCCUGCGUAGAGCUCACGGUGCACUUCCAGGGCCGGCGCGAGACCGCCGCCUUCGAUGCGGCACGGCCACUGGCGCCGCAGAUGUCAGCCCUGGAACAUGCAUUGCACAGCGAGGAGCCGCUCGUCCUCGUCCGGCGCAGCGGCGCUGAGCUGGAGGUCUUACAGACGGAGCUCCAGUUGCAGGCAAUAGCUCCGGGCGCGGACGUUGCUGCAGAACCGGUCACAGAACUAGUCGCUUCCCAUCUCGCCGCCUGCGAGUCGGGGGACGCGGCGGCGUUGAGGCAGCUGGUUGCAAUCGUGUGCGCGAAGGAGGAGCUCUCUACGGAGGUGCUCAAUCAGGGUGGCCUGUCGGUGUUUCUUCGGGCGCUUCGCGCGGAGAAUGCUUCCACAGAGUUGGCGAGUACAGGACUCUGCGCGUUUCUCCAACAUCCCCGAAGACGCGCCGAAGUCGUCGAGUUGCUGUCCAAAGACUGGCAGACGUAUGGUCCCACGAUGAUGCCGGGUCUCCUGAAGGCCUUGGUAAGCAACGGCCCGCCGGCGCGCGCUAGCAUGGCCUUGCUGCUCUGGCUUUUGGAGGAGGUCGAGGGCGCCCCGGGCGCUUUCCAUGCCGCGGCCAUGCGCCAGGAAUCAGACGACGGAGCUCCGGGCUACCGGCAGCUUGCCGCUACAGCCUAUGGUGCUGCAGCACUUCGUCGGGCGCAGCAGAAGGCCCCCGUCGCUUUGGGCGAGUCGAUGUGCGAGGCGGUGGACGCCGAAGUACAUGGUGGCUUCAUGGAGGAUCUCCUGAAGGAGGAGAGCUCGCAGGAAGUGCUGUCCAUCCUCACUGCAAGCUGCGCCACACCCCAGGCGGCCUCUAGCGAACUGCAGCGCCAGCAGGCAACGCAAAUCAAGGAGGAGAAGAAGUUCACUGAGAUGCUCCAGGGCAAGCUGCGCCAGAGCCACCGUGCACUGCAGGCCAUGGCGCCCUUGGUGAAGCUGGGCGACCCGGAUUUAGAGCCUUGGAAAGAGUUCUGA